UCUUUUUCUUCUUCCUUGUCCGGCCUUGCUUGCUCUCCUUUCACCGUCGUCACCAACUUCGCUCGCUCGCUCGUUACUCUCAGAAGCCCUGUCUACCACGCUCAUUAUUACACACCGUCUGUCGCUUCCAUCUCACGCUCGACGCACCCGCUGUCCCCCUCCCUUUUUUUUUUUUUUCGCCGUCUCCUGACUCCGAUCAACCGCCGUCAUGUUGGCCAAAUCCGCCCUUGUUUUCUUCUUCCUCGCUCUCUGCGGCGUUGUCGCGGCCUUGCCUCCUGCAUGUCUCCUCGAGGUAGUCAGGUAUGUAGUUUCUCUGCCCAGUGUGUAUGGGUUAGGUGGUCGAGAUGCUGGGCUAACAGGUCGUUCAAUAGCGCCGAGGGACAUCCCGCCGACUUCGACUCCCUCUGCGGUUCUCGCAGCGACAACACCCAGAAGGAGAUUGUCAACAAAUGCGGGAAGGACACCAAGGAAGCCCUGAGUUCCUACAAGCAGUCUUGUGGUGAGGCCGGAUACAAGAUCACUCUCAUUCAUGCGAACACUACUUCUUCCUCCUCGCCAUCUCAGACUUCCUCCGGCUCUGGCUCCAUGACCAGCUCCGGGGCUUCUCCUACCUCCGGCUCUGGCUCCCACCCCAGCUCCGGCUCCCACCCCAGCUCUGGCUCUGGCUCCAAGCCCAGCUCCGGCAUGGGAUCGUCUCCCACCAGCACCUCGCCCCCUUACACCGAGUCCAACGUCGGCUCCCUCCAGAAGGCCGACUCGGUGUUCAUUGCUCUUGUUUUUGCCAUUGUCGGAGCCCUUGCCAUGUAGAGCGCUCUCGUUCAGUCUGCUGCCCAGCCAUUACUUCUUGCAUCGCAUCUUGUAUCUUGCCCUUUCCGCAUUGCUUCCACUAUCCACUAUGCAGCGGCACCAAAUACAUAGUGUACAGUAGCAAAUUAGAAGCAUCGUGACGUGCGCCAUGUGCGUUGCUGUAUAUUCUUUUCCCCUUUUCUUUUAUCCUCUCAAAUCUAUAUAUGUCGUCAUAAAACAGGCCUCCAAAAACCAUCUAAAAUAACGUCAAUCAUUAAUAAUUAAUAAUAAUAUAAAUAUAAAUAAUAUAAAUAAUAAUAA